AUGAACCAGGGUAUGAAGCCCGAGUUUCUGUUCCUUGCUGAUCUCCAUGCUUACAUUCUGUCCUUCCUUCCUUACCAAGAUAUCCUUCGAUGUACAUCCGUAUGUAGAGACCUUCACCAGACGUACCUGUCAUCUUCUGAGCUCCAAUAUAUUGUUGAACUCAGUGGUCAACAACUGCUUCCUGUUGAUCUCCCUCUCGAUAGCCACACUCCUACUAUCUCAGAGUGUCUACAACUCCUGAGGGACAAAGUUCAUGCAUGGUUCAAGUUGAACACUCAAUCUAUUGAACACGUCGAUGUCUCAAACAAGUACAUUAUGAAACUGACAUUCAUGUCAAAUGGGCAUUUCUGCCUCAUGGACGACCCAACCCUGCAUCAUCAUGACUAUCUACGGGGUCCGACCAUCUCCAAGAUCUUUCCAAUACUACAAGACCCCUCACAGCGAGUGUUUGACUGUGUAUGGCGUUCAGAUACACUGUCCUCAGUUCCCAAUGCACAGCUAAAUGAUAUUCUCAUGGACCCGACGCAAAAUCUGCUCGCUGCUGCAUGCCACAUUCUUGAUGGGCCGGAUGUCUAUAUCGACAUUUUACCUUUGGAUGGAGAUGGUGCUCACCCCCAAGCUGCUGGAACUACGCUGUGUAUGUUACCAGAGCUGCGUGGACCCCAGAACAUUCUCCCAAAAGCUGAGCGUUGGAGGAUUCGGAGUCUGGGGAGGCUUAUGGCUCUCUCGCACUCCCUGAGACUCAAUGAUCCAGUAAGGAUUCUGUGGUGGUUGCAGAUUUGGGACUGGCAGCACUCGACGACGUCAAAUAGUGUCCUCAGCGACGCUAUGUCUGGAAGUCAAAUCUCAAUCGAUUAUUAUUUUCUUGGAACUAGUAGAUUGCUUGCGAUUGUCGACAUCAAUUUGAAGGUCUAUUCCAUCGAGGAUAUGUCUCAGGCGCCGCAGUUGCUCGCAUGCUUCUUGUUGCCUGCACCUGACGAUGGUGCACAAAGUAGGCCGCCACCAGAGAUGCCACAAAAAAUGUGGAAAUCAGAUCCUACUCAUCGAAUCAUAUCCCUGAACAUGUUGCCUUCCCUCCAUUUUGUCAUUUCUACCAGGAUUUUCUUCGAGCCCGACUUCAUUAAAGGGGGGUCAACGGCGAUACCUUGGAAACAUUGGGGCUCGUUGAAUACUCGUAUUUUCCAGCACUGUCCAGACAUUUUUUACUCUGCUACUGGGAGUCGAGUCUUGAAGGUGGAACAUGCAAUUGACGCAACAGGCGGUAAUGAUUUCUUGGAGUACAGUUUGCGUGUGAUGGACUUUCGCCCAUUAGCUAUCAAGUAUGGGCAGGGCCUAGGACGGUUGGUGAGAGAGCCAUCUACAAUAGACUUGGAUGGACAGUCGUUAACGACGUCCUUGCCUUAUGUUGAGGUUGUGUCGAGCAAGAUAUCCAAUUCUAAAGAUGAGCUGCUGUUGACAUCGAUUGAUGAAAACAGAAUUUACGCGUUCCAUGUCGAUGGUCGCUUUGUCAAGGUCAUUAAGAUUUGGGAAGGGGUUUGA